CAAUUUUGUUUGCACAAGAUGAAUUUUUUAAAGGAUUACAUAUUUUGUUUACUCGGCAUGGUUCUGAAAUUUUACCAUAUCGUUUCAAUGUUCUUGAAAAUAUUCCUGAGACAGCAGAUCCUGAUGAUUAUGAAAGUUUUUUGCCAAGUAUGGUGACCAUUGAUAAUAAAGAACCUAUUGAAAAGUUAUGGGAUGAAAAACCAUGGAGAGAAGCAGAUUGGGUUGAAAAUCCUAUAAUAAAAAAAAAAAUUUUUUUUGAAGAACAAGUUGAAGAUGACUUGGGAGGGGCUUUAUUAAAACCGAUCACAUAUCCAGCACCAUCUUCAAUAAUAACUCAAUGGUAUAUUGACAGAGCACACAAAAUCGAUAAAAUUUCUGGUCAAGUUGACAAAGCCUUGACAUUUAUUCAUCAUGGGAUUAGUAAAGGUGUCAAAGGAUUAGAAACAAUAGAAGAAAAUCUUGGAAUGUUAUCCAGUCUUGUUUAUGAAUGUUAUCCAGAAUUAGAAUCUAUUGGGAAUAUUAUGACAUUAGAAGAAUUUGAAGCAUUAUCUGAAUAUGAUAUUAUCCAAGCAUUUCUCAAGCAUACAAAUGAACUUCGAAUCAUAGAUGAUGUUAAAAAUUUUGUUAUACCUUUUUUAAAUUUGUUGCCUAAACGUCAAUCACGUCAAAAGAUUCAUUUGAUUGAUGGUGAUGAUAAUAAUAAACAUAUUGGUGGAUUUGAAAAGCCAAUUGAAUUAUUAUAUGAUUAUAUAUUGGAAUUGUCAUCAACACGUCUAGAUUUGGUUCAACUUAUUUUUGAAGCCUCGAUGCCAGUAUUAGAUGAGGAUGAUAGGAUUAUUAAAUCAGAUAUUGAUUUAGCUAGUGUUGCAUUAUCAGUUAUAUACGGCAAUCCAAAUGUUAAUCAAUGGGAAGUAAUGAAAAAUAUUCAUGGAUAUCUUCCAUAUUUUGAAUAUUUUGAAGUGGAUGUUUGUGAUUCAGAUUGUGUUGAUGAUAUUAAAAAUAUAAAGAAUUUUGUACCGAAAGAGUUAUUUACUAUUUUUAAAAAACUAGAUGAAAAAAAUUUGCAGCUAAUGAUCAAUUAUUUAGAAAGUCAUUUGAAUGCAGCAGAAAUAUUUUCACGCUAUAAUAAUUCAAUAGAUAUGAAAUGGUUUUUGCAAAGUAAAGAUGACUACAAAAUGCAAAAACAAUUGUGUGUAAGAUUAGCACGUAAAACAGGGGAGGAGAUUAAAGUUGGUAAUGAUACAAAUAAUAGUGAUGGAGAUAAGUGGAAAUUAUUGUUAGAAGAAAUGAUAAAGUUACAAGAUAAAGGAGGAGUUUUAGAAAAAAUAAGUAUCGAAGAAAUUUAUAAAGAAUUUGCUUCAGGACUAUUAAGUAGUGGCAGGUUUCGAUUUGCACAAGAAAUAUUAUUGCCAAGCGAUAAAACACCACCUUUAGAAGUGGAUGUGGCCGAGAAACUUGUUGUUGAUGCAUCAAGAGAAUUUUUUGAUAAUGCGACUACAGGAAACAAAAAUCAAGGAUACAUGAAAAUGGCAUAUGAAUGUUUAGAAAUGGAAUUUAUAGAGGCAACGCAUAUAUUAACAGAAAAUAAAGUUCAACAUCAAGCAGGAAUACCGCUUUUACCAAUGCAAAUCCGACUGUCGACAAAUCGAUUAGAAUUGAUCUCAAGGUUAUUAAGUGUAAAUGAAAAAGCAUAUUUAGAGAUAGAGACAAUUAUGGAAUUAGCAAGUAAAUUAGGAUAUAAGAAUGACAAAAUAGCAGAAGUUAAAGUGAUGGCAAUGAUAGCAGACUCUGCACUAAGAGAUGUUAACUUUAGUGUAGCAUAUCAAAUGUGCAUUGAAUUGAUUGAUAUUGCUAAAGGGAUUAUCAAUAAAAAAUACGAUAAUGAUAAUGAAGUUAUCAGGUCAGUUAAAGAUGUUUCAUGGAGGAUUUGUUAUGAGGUAGCUAAACAAGAUAACUUUGCAGAUCUGGAAAAACAAAUGUCAUUAAUGGGAUAUGCAUUGACCAUGUGCCCUAAAGAGCAAAUAGCAGAUAUUCUUAAUUUAUGGAGAAAGAUUGAUUCUGAAUAUCAGAAUUAUAAAAUGGAAAAGAUCAAAUUAACAGGAAAAAUCAAACCAGCAGUUGUAGCAGCUGAGGCAGUUGAAUCGGUAUUGAUUGCACCAUUAUUACAGGGAGAUCGAAUAAAAAAUUUAGUCAGUGGAUGGUUUGGUUCAUGA